AUGAAGUCAUACGCUAUCGCCGCUGCCAUUGCAGGCUUUGCUUCAUCCGUUGCUGCUCACGGUAGCAUUGUCACCCCAACUCCCCGAAAGGCCGGCGACGGCCUCAAGGAAGCAUGCGGUGACCAGGUCUUCAACACUCAGAACUCCGACAUGUACGGCAACGUCCAGGGCUCUAUCCAGAACCUUCAGGGCAGCCACCCUGAUUGCCGUAUCUGGCAAUGCAAGGGUGUUCCUUUCUCCGAUCACACCGAGGUCUACUCCUACACGCCCGGCCAAAAGGUACCCAUGACCGUCACCAUUCGUGCGCCCCACGACGGUCUUGCCAAUGUUUCCAUCAUCGACCUCGCUACCGACAAGGUCAUCGGAAAGCCCCUCAUCAGCUGGGACAAGUACGCCUUGACCUCUGUUCCCCUCAGCCAACACCCCGAGUGGACCGACUUCAGCAUCACCAUGCCCGACGUCAGCGAUCACUGCAACAAGGCUGGUGUCUGUGCCAUCCAGUGGUACUGGGAUGCACCCACCAUCAACCAGACAUACGAGUCUUGUAUCGACUUCACCAUGGGCGCUGGCUCCGGCUCCGGCUCCGAUUCCGGUGCUGGCAACAGCACUACUCCUGCUCCUACUCCUUCCCCAGUCGACAACUCUGGCUCUGCCCCUGCUACAUCGCCUUCUGCUUCGCCUGCCCCAGUUGAGAACUCCAACUCCGACUCUGGCAGCGCCCCUGCUCCCUCGCAGGGCUCCGGCUCCGGCUCCAACUCUGGUUCCGGUUCCGGGCUCCCAAAGACCUUCACCAUCGACACCUUCAUCACCUGGCUCCGCGCCAAUGCCGGUUCCGGUGUUGCUAACAAGGUGCGCAGUGUCAUGGCUGCCGGAGGCGUUCAUCCCCGUGCUUUCCGUGGUUGA